GAUCAAUGGAUCAUGUUUCACGUUCGUCAUGUGAUUUUGUGAUGUACUGACUUCUGACCACACUUCUGACACUAUAUAUUGUGUUUGAUUUUUUUAAAAUUGAUUAAUCUCUACCUUGGAAUUGUUACUCAGGUAUGUGUUCUUCAUUUAUUUAUUUAUUUAUUAGCUUUGCAAUCAUACAAAAGUAUGGUCAACAGGACGUGAGACACUGAGACCAAUGUCCUGAGACCCAUGUCUUAAAAGGUUUGAAAUAUAUUUGACUGUAAUAGACGAUUUGUUAUUAUAGAACUAGGGAUCUUAUAAUUCUAAGGCUUUUUAGGUUUCUAGUAGACCCUAGUGAGCUUUGUUUAUAAUAUUUUCAUAUAAAUCACUACCCUUGUAAAGUUUAUUUGAUUUUGACCCAGAGAGGUUCCAGGAUUUGCUAAUAUAAAAUUAUGUAAAUAUGACUGUCAGUGGACAUGAGUGCAUUUAUAAGCUAUGUUUACAACCUACGAUUAAUCAUGUACGAUUCGUUUUCUGGCGUAUGUCAUCGAGUAAACACGUGUAAGCUGGCUACAUUUGAACUACAACAGCAAUGAAUUAUGGCACCAGCACUCAUUUUAAUACGCCAGAUUACGAAUCGUACAUGAUUAAUCGCAGCGUGUAAAUGUAGCUAUAAGCAGGGCUGGGAUAUGCUUAUCAAUUUUGGGUUAUGAACAACAGGCGACAUUCCUUUAAAAGUCGUGACAGACUAUCUAAAAAAGAACGACAAACGAUGGCUUCUGACCACAGAUGAAGUAUAUACUUAAUUACUUCAUCUAUGUUCUGACUGAGAAAAGUGACAAAUUGCGAUUUGACAUGUUAUGGUUCGAAAGUCACAUUUAAAUGAAACUAAGUAGUGAAUUCAGACUAAUUCUUAUUAGUAUAAUUACAUAGGUGAUUAUUGAAAAUUCUCCACGCUGAUUGGUUGCCGUUGAGGUGAUUAUUACGCGAUAAUCACCUAAGCGAUUUUCAAAAUGGCGACCGAAGCCGUUUUGUCAAUUAAAUGACGAAGAAAUGUCUAUUUUUUAUUUUUUUCCAAAUAAUCACCUAUGAAAUUAUACUAAAACAAUUAUUCACCUCAGACUCGGUGAUUAUCGUGAAUAAAAACCUCGACUACGUCUCGGUUUUUAUUCACCGAUAAUCACCUCGCCUUCGGCGAAUAAUUGUUAAUUAUUGAUGUGCUGAUAUUGAUACCAAAUAUUUGAUUGCAUCGAUACCAAUAUUAAAAUUAACUAACUGUCUACCUGUUGAGUGGCAGCAUUUUCCCCCUGACGAGUAAAACCGUCUGGCAUUAGACAGAGUGAAAUAAUAAAGUAGGGCGCAUUGCCACUUAAAGGGUUAAAUUAACAGGGUUAGCCUGCCUGUCUAACCUGCCUGUCGGGUUCUAUGCUGAAAUAGAGCCUGCUACUGAAGUCGAUGAAAAGUGGACAGUCAUUUAGAUGCACGAAAAUAACAACCAAUCAAAACGGCGAUUGUUAAUUAGAUUACCAAUUUAAAAAAUGACAAUAACAGCCAAUUUUUCCGCCAAUAUCUCAAAAAUAAAAUAUUCCAAUUUUCAUUAAAUGGCCAGGAAUUACAUACUAAAUAAUAAUAACAGUUACUGACCGUGUUUAUAGACCGUAAAGGCAGUAAUUAAUGCGGCCAAAAGUACAAUUACCCAUACGGAAUAUAAUAUUAUGUAAACAACAACUUGAUAUUACCUUAUAAGGCAAGGCUAUUUAUUUCUGACCAAUGGGAAUUUUGCAUACGAUUCGUACGCAUAAAUCCACUUUUUAUUAACUUCAAUAGCAGGCUCUAUUUCAAGCAUAGAGCCUGACACAUAGGCUACCAAUUGAGUGGCAACACUCUCCCCCUGAGGAGUAAAAUCGUGUGACGUUAGACAGAGUAAAAUAAUAAAGUAGGGUGCAUCUGGGCACAUUGCCACUUAAAGGGUUAAGAGUUAAAUCUUUGGAAAGCUCAGGUAAUUGAUGGAAAUUUUAGUAAAAAAUAGCAUAAUUCAGACCUGUCAAUUUUCCCAUUGCUGUUGAGAGACGCCUUUGACCUUUUUCUCAAAGUAUGAAGGUAUUUUCUUGUUUUUAUAAUUGUUGGAAAUAGUGGAAUAUUUUCCAGAUUCAAAUAUCUGGCAAGAAACAGUAAUUGCAUGAAAAUCACUCAUUACUUACUCCAUGAACUACAAGUGUUUGGCUUUCUUAUCCACUUUUGCACUUUAAUUAAAUGAUAAGUAGAUUGUCAUGAGGAUAUGAGAUAUACAGUAACAUAUAGUUGCAUUCCCGCCAUGUUAGUAUUAACCUAUUAACCCAUUAAGUCUGGCAUUAGACAGAGUAAAAUAAUAAAGUAGGGUGCAUUGGCGCGCAAUGUGACUCAAUGGGUUAAACUAGCUAUCGAAGAGAAUGAACACUACAUAUGACGAAAUUAUAAAGGGAAAAUGAACACUGCAUAUGACUUUAAUUUUGCUCUCGCAAUUUUUGAUAAAAUCUCAUGGUUUUUUAAGGCUAAAAAGCGAAAUCUCCGAUUGAAAGAUGCGGUACAGUCCGAUCUGCGCAUGUGCACAAAGGAGCCCUCUUUUUAUUUACAAACAGUUUAUUUAGGUUUUUAUUUCAUUUUAUGUUCUUGCAAAGCUUGAUUGUUGUGUCUUCAUAAUUUAUUAUACUCUAGAAUCAUGAAAAUAUAAAUAGUUGUCGUAUAAAAUUCAAUAUUUUGGAUACCGAAAUGUAAACAAAGCCAUUGUUUACAUACGGACUGUACCACAUCUUUAAAAUUUUUAGGGUUGACAGGUCUGUUAAUGUUUGACAAAACAUGAUAUCGAUAUAACCUUAAUCCAUUGAGCGCCAGUGCUUUCCCCUUGACAAGUAAAACCGUUUGGCAUUAGGCAGAGCGGUAAAAUAAUUGGGGAUCAAAUCAAACAAAACAAUCGAUCGAGUCAUACACAUUAUAGUUCUACUAUUCAUGUCUCAUUUUAGCUUGCAUGUUUUCAUCUCCACUUUUAUAUCACCUAUACCAAUUUACAACAUAUAUCACCAGUAUCAUCACUGUAUACUACUUUAUUAUAAAUUAUGCUUCACCAGUAUCAUUACAGUUCAUGCAUCAUCAAAAAAUAUUUUUCACUAGCAUCAUCGUUAUCCACACCAUUACAGGCCUUAAAAUAUCUUUUACAGGGCCAUCUGACAAAAUGUCCGGUGACGUUGAGUUUGGGUCGGACACAUGUCCGAUGACACAUGUCCUUCAGUUCAGUUUUGACUCGGAAAUAAGUCUGAAUGACACAAAUGAAUAAACGGUAAAUGUUGUAAAGAUAUUAAAUAAUUUGUUUCUUUCAUACUUAUUUCCAAGCCAAAAUUAACUUGCUUUCCAGAACAGCAGUAUUAAAAACGACUUCGACAACUUAAGCCAGUUUUCCACUUCACCAUUUCGCUCGCCUCCCCACGUUCGUCUAUGUUAUUAAAACAACAUUUCCAGUUGACCUUUUAUACAAUAGUACUCUGAUUUUCCAUUUAACAUACAAGCCUCUAAUCCUGGGCUAGGGUACAUUUUGAUUUACGUCGGACAAAGAUACAGUUCGGUCGGACACCAAUACACUCAGGUCGGACAAACAAUAAACCUCAGUUUCACUUUGGUCGGACAGAAUGUCCGGUGGUUUCCUUUCUACGUCGGACAAUUUCAUGAAUGGGUCGGACAAUGUCCGUGACCGACCGAUAUUUUAAGGCCUGCCAUUCCAAUUCUAUUAGUCACAUUGAAUCGAAAUUUCAUUUCACACCACAAACCAUUUGAUAAUAGAAUGUCCCAACAGGCCAGCAGAGCCAUUUGACAGCAUUCCAGGACCUGAAUACCUGCAACCACCUUUUCGAUCCAAUUCUAAAAGAAAAACAAACAACAAAUUCCUUGCAUUCAAAGAUGCAGAAUUUGACCACUAAAAAUCUGUGGUGUAGCCAGCCCGACGAUUCAGUCCCGCUAUUCCCACCAUGGCCAGGCAUAUUUUUCAAGCCUGCCCGGUGUGGAUAUACACUCAGAGUAACAUCACAAACAUCUCAUUCACCUUAGUACAUUACACCAACACAGAAAAUAAAAUAAUGAUAAUGUGUUGAAAUUUGCAUAGUAGGACCAAAUCGUCGGGCUGGCCACGCUACUGCUAACAAUCAUUGUCCUGAAAUGCUGUGAGAUUUGUAAGUCCACCAAUAAGACCUGGAAUUCCGCCCAAAACCUGGAGACUUGCGCGGGUAAACCGUGAGACCUGGUAGCUCAGAGCCAUUUGAGAUCAUCAUGUGUGUUAUUUUAUAAUUGUAGAUGCGGACUACAGAUAGUGACAGCAACAGCUUGUACCAAAAUGAUGCUGAUGAUAGUCUCCUUCCACCUAAGGUAUUUGCAAACAGUUCAUACAGUGAAACAGAUGAGGUGAAAGUUUAUAAGAGAAGAUGGUAUAUCUUACUGGUGUACUGCUGCAACGGCGUCCUACAGAAUGCUAUUUGGAAUACCUGGGGACCAAUCGAGGCAACUGCAAGAGCAGUGUAUAAAUGGGAUAGUUAUGUAAUAGACCUGAUGGCAGCAUGGGGGAGUAUAACAUUUUGCAUAACUAUGAUACCAUUUGCCUGGAUUAUGGAUGUUAAAGGUAAGUGUUUCUCGUUUUUCGCUCAUGGGCACCGUUAUUGGUUUGCUCAGAACAACACCUGCUUGUAAAAGUUGAUGUUAAAAAAGUUCAGCGAAGAGUGCCAAUUGAAAUGUGUUAGGUUAAAUGCGGAAACGGAUGCGGAACGGAUACAAUUUAUUUAUGGUGCUGCUACACGCGACAACUCGAAAGUUAAACAAAUUACGUUUGACGAUUGUCUCUUUAAUUGAAAUAGCUGUAUAACUUUAAUUGAAAUACUGUAGCUGUAUAAGAUAUGAAUAAUAAGCACUACGACGUUGGAUUCCAUUGCAAAAAAAACAUAAAUCGAAAACACGGAAACGUAAAAAAAGAAUCGAAAAAAACUCCAUUUGUGGUUAAAAUUUUUGGUGAAGUUUAAAAUGACUCAUUUUACCCCCAUAUUCGUUCCGCUUUUUAUCCCCGCCGUUCCGUUCCACUUUUUAUCCCCUCCGUUCCGUUCCAUUCCGCAUUUUAUCCCCAUCUGUUCUGUUCCACUUUUAACCCCAUCCGUCCCGUUCCGCAUUUUAUCCCCAUCCGUUCCGUUUCGCAUUUUAUAUCCCCAUCCGCUCUGCUCUACAUUUUGUCCCCAUUUCCGUUCCGCAUUUUAACCUAACCCCAAUUGAAAUUGCACACACAUGCCAGAUUUGUUUAUAUGCUGCUUUGCAACGUUACAAUUGGUAUUAAGGAAAUAUAAAUAUGCAGGAGUGAAGAUAAUCAUAUAUGCUUGCAUGUGAUCGCGGUGGGAGUCGAACAGGCAACCUUUGGUUUGCUAGUUUGGUGUCCCGGUGUGGACACACUCAGAGAGAACAUCGCAAACAAUAAACAUGUAUAUUGAAAUGUUUCUAAUUUAAAAACGUAGAUUACGAAUUUCGGAAACAGGAUGUAUCAUAUUUACCAGUUACAUGGCGCCAGUGUUCGUGAUAAAUAUGCCCUCUACAGGCUCUUAGUGGUUUCAUAUAUUUUGUUGUAUUUAUUGUAGUUUUCUGUAUAUUUGUAUUCUGUAUAUUUGUAUUUCUGUAUAUUUGUAUUUCUGUAUAUUUGUAUUUCUGUAUAUUUGUAUUUCUGUAUAUUUGUAUUUCUAUAUAUUUGUAUUUUUAUCACGUGAUGCUUUUAUACUCUUAGUAUAAAAGCUCAUGUAAUUUUCCCGACCCCCGCUAGUAACUCCAGACGAAGGGCCUUUGCUCGAAACGUGGAAACUCUCCUUAUAUAUUUUUAAGGUAGCACAUGGUAAAAAAAGAUACAGUGGCGCUUGAAUUCAGUUGCCAUAUACUCAUAAUUCAGCGUUUUUUCGACAAAGACAUAUGUAGUAGCAAAGCCUGGUUUCCAUAUGUUUGUAACUGUCGCGUCAAUUGUUUGUCGUGAAUGAUUUUUAUGCUUGUUUCCGUAUGGUUGUAAUCGUCGUGACACUGUCCCAAGUUAAUUUCGUACCCAGGGAUCGUACAAGUAACUGGCGGCAGUUUUAAAAAAGACAAACAGGGUCCCCCCAAACAGGACUUUGACCCCCUUGAUUGUUGUAGGAAACUACUGCCCGUCGCCCAGACAAUAAUAAUAAGAAACACAGCAAAUCACAGUUUAAAAUCACAAUUUCUCUCUCAAAUAUUCUCACAAGUAAAACUACAAAAUUCCCGAUCCCAAUAACAAAUAUAUUCCCCCAUAAAGCACAUGUAAAUAGUCUCUGUCUAUUGGCUAACCCGGUGAAUUAGUAAUUAGGUUAGUAUAAUAAACAUGAACUAUAUUAUUUAUGUUAGUUGAUUAGUAUAGCGUCUGCUGUUAAUGUUUACAUUAGUUCCGACAAUUGUCGCAAAACUGUUGCCAUGCUGUCGUUUUCCUAUUUCCAUUAAAACAUAACCGUCACGACACGUUUUUAGCCUGUUGCAACUGUCGUCGAGAUAGAACUCGAGACUGCCUCGAUGACACUGUUGUAACUGUCGUGAACUAUUGCCAGCGUGUCACGACAAGACUUUUCUUCAUGUUUCAACAGUGCUUUGACGAAAAUUACAAUACGUUCGCGACCGCGUUACGACAGUGGGACAUGGGUGUUAAUAUUUUCAAUAGCGAAUCUUCAUUCAAACGAAUUUCCUGCAGCUGUUUAACAUUUCAGUGCUCGUAUGCUCGCCUAUUUUUUCCACCUGUGGUUGGAAGGGACAAUGUGAUAGUAAUGUGUAUAUUCGUUUCGUAGCAUUUUUAUCUGAGGCAUUUUUUGGCUGGAGGCAUGGAGAAAAUUCCCCCAAUCCCUCUAGGUGCUUCUGCUCGUGGGACAAGGGAGCAACUCUUGUAUAAACUACGAUGGACUAGCAAACCAAAGUCGCGGGUUCGAUUCCCACAGCGGUGAAGCAAUUUUUUCAGCGUGCCCGUUGUGGACAUUCUCAGAGACAACAUCACAAACAUAUAUCUUCACUUGAGUGUAUAUAUAACACCCGAAACAAAAAACUACGAUGUUUGUUGCUAACAGUGUACCAUAUUUUUUAAGGUUUGCGUGUCACAAUGUUGAUCGCCGCCGGUUUGCAAGUAGUUGGUUCUGUAUUGAGAUUUAUUCCUACUGGUGAUGCAAUGACAUCGACGGUCUUAAUUCAUUUUGGCCAGAUUAUAGUUGGCUUUGCGGGACCUGUGGGUAUGGCCGCUCCUCCUCUCCUAUCAUCAACUUGGUUUCCACCAUAUCAACGUACAACUGCUACUGCAAUCUUAGCGGUUGCUGGUUAUGUAGGAACCGCUGUAUCGUUUUUAAUAGGACAGGCAUUUGUUGACGAUGUUAAGGAUUCGGAUAUUCCAAAAAUUGAUGGUAACUAUCCACUAAAUUCGACAGAAGAAGAUAAAUACCAGAAGCAAAUCAACUCGCUUCUAUACUUCGAGGCAGCUUUGCAGUUGUUUGUGUUUUUUGUUAUACUCGCUUACUAUCCAUCGAAACCUCCACGACCACCAAGCGUUUCUGCUGCAACCGGACGGGUCGACUUUAAGGCCGGCGCUAAAAAACUCUUUAAAAAUUAUAAUUUUAUCCUACUGGCUACGAUAUAUGGGGCAAGUACAGGUGUUUAUGGAGGUUGGUGUUCUGUGCUCUAUCAGAAUUUAUCGGACUAUGGUAUAUCAGUCGACGCUAAGUUCGCGGCAUGGCUUGGUUUUAUCGCUGUCAUCAGUGGCGCAUUCUCGGGUGUUCUAUUUUCAUCGUAAGUAUAUAUACAUAUUUCUAAGUUAUGCAUGCUUUUUGGAACUGGUAAGGAAAGGGCAUGAACCUUCAGUCUCCCCUUAAGUUUUUCCGUUUUCAGUGCAGAGGUCAUGUGACCUAUUCAAUCGAGUCACUAAUCAAGGGAGCGAUAGCGUAAAAAAUCCGGGGGAGCUUGCUGCUUAUAGCUAUUACAUUUAAUGGAGCUUGGCGACGUUCGGCCAACGUAAUUGUUCAUGCAUAAACAUAAAUCGUGAUUUUGAAUUUUUGGUCAAAACGACAUAUGUUCUGACCUAUUUCAUCCAAUAUUUAGAGAAGCUAUAUAUUUUAUUAUUAUUAUUAUUAUUAAAUUAUCUUUAAUUUAAGCACGUGAUAUUACUGUAUAUGACUCCCCUUGCAAUAUAAUUUAAAUGAGACAACAUACAGUACGUGCUCCCAUACAAAUAUAUAUAAUGGUAAUUUAACUGAGUGGAGUUUACAAAAUCGCAUUUUUUUUCUUGGAAUUGAUUAGCUGGUCGAAUUGUAUGCUUUGAUUUGAUUGGUUAGCUAAAGUCGGCACUUAAAUAUGACUGGUUGAAAAUUGAUGCGAUUACAACUCGUCACUCACUGCAUACUAAUAUUAACAAGUUAUAGUUAUUCCUAUAAUUUUGGCAAGAAAAUCAAAUUAAACAUCGCUAUACCUUAAAACUAUCGAAAAAUACUCGAAAUGCUUUUGAAAAUACGCUAAAAUAAUAACAAAACUUGAAUCUACGAUCGUUUUACCACAUUCUUACAGCAUUUUUGUGAAAAAAUGAAUUCCUAAAACGAAAAUUUGUUCAAUGUUAAUUUUGAUGCCACUGUGCUGAAUGCCUGGGACGCGCUAGAAACAUGCAGUAUUUUUAUAUGACGAAUAUAAAUUCAUUGAUUCGGAUUUUAAUAUGUCCAGGAACAAGAAGCAAAAAUAUAAGCAAUCAACGUUUUGAGCGAAGGCCCUUCGUCGGGUAGUUAGUAGCGUGAAUUGGGAAAAUAAUAUGAGCCUAUAUACUAGUGAAUAUAAAAGCGAUCACGUGACAAAAAAUAAACCAAUCAGAUGGAUUUACACUAUAAACUUCGAGGAACCACGAGUGAGUUUUUCAAAGACUAUCAAAACUCAUUGAAAAAAACUUGAAAAACUCAUUAAUUAAUAAUUGAAGUCCUUGAAAAGCCAUAUUAUUACUUAUUUUUAAUAUACAUGAAAAAAUAUUUAGUUACUCCUAAAAACUCCUAAAUGUUUGUUUUUUUGUAUUAUUUCUGCUGGAAAUUUUAAUUUCUGCUCAGAAAGCCGAAAUAGUCAAUGAAAUUUGCACUGUAUUUCGGAAAAAUUGCACUGCUCUUAGCCAAUCAGAAUGAAUCGAACCCGCGACCUUUGGGAUACUAGUCCAAUGCUCUGCCAACUGAGCUACGAGGCCAAUUCCCACCUUGAUCAGGCUAACUUUUCAGCCUGCCCGGUGUGGAUAUACACUCAGAGUAACAUCAAAAAACAUUAUACUCACCUGAGUACAUAACAUCAAAACACACACAAAAAAUAUCAUAUUUCAUUUUGUUUAAAAAACCAAUGCAACCAACUUGAUGUCAUACAUGAAUAAUGAAGAAUCACAUAGUAAAUGUUUUAUUACUUCAUUUGUAUUUCUCGAAAUCACUGGAAAGAAGCAGCACGUGUUUAUGUUUCCUACAAUAUUAAUCAUGCUGAUCAUUAAAAAUAAGAAACCUUCACUAUAUCUGAUUAUAUGCAUGCUGUCUAUAUGACGUCAUGUUGGUUGCAUUGCAUUUUUAAAGAAAACGAAAUAUCUCAACAGCGAAACAUGGAAAAGAUCUAUGAAAGAAGUUACUCUACAGUUUUAAGAGCUCUUUUGUUUUUAAGACAAUAAACCACUGCAAUAACCAGUGUCAUUUGCACUUGAAAUCAUUCUAUAUCUUAAAAGCCUGGAGGAUGAGAGUGCAUGAGAGUUGCAGUCAUGCACGCAACCUUAAAAACGAUUUCCAUUCAGUGCAAAAUAUCACGAGAUCAACUGUUUGCGAUCACUUUCUUUUGAAAUGUGUUCAGUCAACCACAUCCGUUGCGUUUGAUCGCUUGCAUUUCAAAAGAAAGUGAUCGUAAAAUGUCGAUCGCGCGACAUUUUGCACUGAAUGCUGAAUGGAAAUCCGCCUUUACAUGGUUAUAUCUGUUCAUACAGGUAAACUACGUCAAGCGUUCCUCUUUUGGGUUCCUAACUUGAUUUGCGCUUGAUUGCAAUUUUCCGCAUUACCUUUACAAAUAUGAAACUCCCUUGCAAAUACCUUGAGGGAAUUUGCAAUGUUCCUAAAAGCCAAAUAAAUUUUCCUCAAAAUUCCUGUUAGAAGUUCUUAACUUCCUUUUCUGUUGCGUGCAUUGUAAUUGGCUAACAAAAAUAAUCCACCAAUGAGAACGCUCAGAACAGAACAGGAAGUUGGGAAAUUAAAACAGGAAGUUAGGAAAAUUUGAAAAAUUUGAAAGGACGUUUCUCUGCAUUGGAAUACUGCAACAGCCGAUAGGAACAUUGCAACGGAUUUGCAAAGGGGUUUUUUCAAAUUUGCAAAGGUAAUGAGCAAAAUUGCAAUCAAGAACUCACAAGAGGAACGCUUGACGUAGUGACGCUUGAAGUGUUAAUAAUAUACAUGAAAAAAUUUCUCAAUUCUUAUUGGCUAAGAGCAGUGUAAUGCGAAAUACAGUGGCAAAAAAUGAAAUACAGUGCAAAUUUCAUAAGACUAGUUAUAAGAUGCAGCCAUUUCUAGCAGAAAAUAAUAAAAAAACAUUUAUAAGUGACAAAAGUGGCUGGCGUUUUUAACAGAUUUUCUAUUAAAAUUAUUUAUAUUAAAAUUAUAUAUAUUAAAAUUAUAUAUAUUAAAAUUAAAUAUUUAGCAUGUGACCUACGCGCGCACGCAUGUGACUGUGGCCUUACGCUUCCGGUGCAGUGCUCUAACCAACUGAGCUACGGAGCCCAGUUUUUGAGCUCUAACCAUAUCGUUAUUUUUCUUUCAGAUUCGCUGAUCACUUCUCAGGGCACUUGAAAUUAUUCCUCAUUGUGUUUAUGGGGCUGUCGUUUUUCACCACUUUAUUGAUCUGCUAUAUUUUCACUGGAGUUAUCGCAUUUAACAACGUCCUAGUAUACAUCAUGUUUGGACUGAGCGGGUUCUUCUUGAAUGGCACCAUCCCUUUCUUCUUUGAGCUUGGCGUUGAGAUCACUUACCCGGUAGCAGAGGGUAUAACCACCGGCGUUAUAACGUUCUUCAACAAUUUUCUCCAGUCAAUAUUCUUGGUUGUUCCGCUAGGUAAUUUGGGUACUAAGUGGAUGUUAUGGACUACCGUUUUCACCUGCGCUAUAUCGACAAUAUUUUUGCUUUUUGUGAAAGAAAAAUAUAACAGAUCUUCUGUCGACCAGCGCAGCCGUAAAUCUAGUUAUACUCCAGGUGUAGUUAACUCAUAAUUAUCGUAUUCUCACGACGUACCACCUUCAACAAAAAUCGUACCUAAUAGACAUUUUUAAUAAUAAGUCAAAUCUUCCAAUUAUAGGGUCACAUUCAGACUUUGCAAUUCUUUCGAUGUCCUUGACAUUAGGUUAGUUUGAAUUAUAUAAAAAAUAUACAAAACACUGAAAUACUAAUUGAAGAGAUGAAUGAAGAAUAGAUCUUAGCAUUGGAGUGGCAACCGAACUGCUGAUAAAAUCCAAGAUCAAGGUUUAACACCAUAAAUGAUCUAAGAAACGCCCUGGUUGUUAAUUAACAUUAGAAAACUCAUUAAUAAUUUAUAUGUGACAAAAAAAUCACGUUCAUUUACAUAAACUUUAGCUUUAAUUUUCUCGGCUUAGACAACGUUUAAUUUUAAAAUUACUUCGCCAAUGAACUCAUUACAUGGGUCGUUUUUUAAGCCAUUUAAAACAUUCGCAGUCCGUGCUUUAUCAGAUAUAAAACACUCGAACUGCGCUCUCUCGUGUUUUAUAUCUCAUAAAGGACUCCUGCUCGCGUUUUAAAUAGUACUUCAAACACUCAUUAAUAAUUCAUAAGCUUAUUGGCAAGUCAUGUCAACCAUAAUAUGUCACGUGGAGUGGCUUUAAACCUGAUAAAACACUCCUAAUUAGUAUUCUUUAUAUAAAGAAUACUAACAAGGCAGUAUCUAUUGUUGUCGUGUCCUCAUUAGUAUUUUUUAUAUAAAGAAUACUAAUAAGGCGGUAUAUCUAUUGAAUUUGUAGUCGUGUUUGAAGCCGUUUAAUAAACUCGCAGGUCGUGUUUUAUUAGGUCUAAAGCCACUCGCGCUGCGCGCUCGUGUCUUUAAACCUAAUAAAACACUCCUGCUCGUUUAUUAAACAGUACUUAUUAUCAAUAUUAAUGAUUUUUUUUUGACAGUUCGGUUGCUAUACCCGGUUGCAAAGAGAUUUAUAUAACAGAAAAAUGAACUAUAUACCAUUAAUUUCGAUUGAAGGUAACCGCAUGCACAUACUUCAUAUACAAGAUAAUUUUUGGCGAAAAUUUUAUGAACUGCGUCCAAGUAAUUCAAUCCUAGGACUGGAUUAAAAUUAAUUCACUCCACGUUUAAGUGAAUAUGACAUAAGACUCUUCAUUGUCUUCUGAAAAUUAUUAAAUAAGAGAUUUAAGGUGGCUCAAUACAGUUUUUAAAAAAAUGGAAAAUUCACGAUUUAGAUGCGUAUUUUUGGACAAUUAUUAUAUGUUGAUAAACAAAAAGUACCUUACUUAUAUAAAACAGCAUCCGAGAGUUUGAAUUUUUGCACAAAAGUUACGCAACUGCCGUUGCUAUGGCAACAAUGACGUUUCAAGAUGACGGAUAUUUUGGCUUUAAAGUAAUUUAACUCGUAAACGACAUCGGUGACCCCCAAAUUUUAUUUAAAAAAAUGAUUUCUCGUAUAGUAAAUUAUUUUGACAAUUUAAAAAAAUUCUGUGGAGCAAAAAAAAAUUAUUAUAAAUAAUCACCUUUACGUAAUUCAGAAAAUUUUGGCUCCACAGAAUUUUCUUAAAUUGUCAAAAUAAUUGAUUAUACUAAGGGGUUGAUACGAAACUCGAUAUGUAUAAACGCAGUAAAGAACAUAUUAAAAAUUUGUUUUUGUUUUAACGACCAAGAAGGCUUCAAAAUAUAAUUCAAAAUAUGUAUUAAAUUGUAUGCAUUCAUAAAUAUUUUGAAGCCUUAAUUCUUGGUCGUUGAAAAUGUAUUUACUCAUUAGGGAGCGGUCAUUAUUUAUGGUGGGGGAUUUUCUUGGGAAAAAUUUUGCUGACCCAACCAUUAAAAAAUGUUUACCCAACUAAAACAAAAUACCCAUCCCUGGCCAAAAAGCUUUACAAAGGGAUACCAUUCAGUUGUCUUUUACGGCUUCUGUGGCAUAAGCUCUGUUUUUUGCAUGGACCUUGCUCCUUCGUCGCUCGGUCCAUACUAAAAAACCUCGGUCUGAUAUUUCACAGUACAGACCUCGCGCUCGGUCAAUAAUCCUUUAUUAUUAUAUGGCUUUUCAAAAUGCUCUAUUCUGAUUGGUUGACAAGCGGUCUUGCACAUGUACUUUCUUUGGAGACACCAUUUGCCUCCUGACAAAGCAGAAAAUGAUCAAGAUAGUGACGCUGAUUGAUUUACACAUUAUAUUGACAUUUGACUGUUGACAUUGCUUUUUAGUCGUCAAUAUUUGAGUGAGUCAUGCUUUGGAAAUGACAAUAAAUUUUUAUUGUCCAACCCUUGAGUUGUUUUGUUUUUCAUCUACCCAACCUUUUACUCUCUCAAAACUUUGCCUACCCAACCCUUUUCUCUUCGGUGCCACCCCCGCAAUGAAUAAUAAUCACUCCCUUGGACAUAAUGAAGACGUGUAUAUGAAGUCCCGAGAAUCAUAGAUAAUGGUGAACCGCGAGCCUCUAUAGCUAGUAUAGGGUCAUUACAAUGUAUAUAUUAAUGGUUUUAUUGUAAAUGAAUUUAUUUUAGCUAAUGAUUUUUGUAAUUUUAAUUAUGUAUUGUCAAUCGAAUAUGAAGGAAUUAAAUUUUUA